GUGAAAGUACAAUCUUACCCCUCAUAUAAUGAAUUAGAUCACUUCUUAACCCCUUUAACCCCCCUGUAAGCUGAGCAACUAUUCAGUUUUUGCUGAGAAAGUAUUCAGUUUUUUAACUCUUGACGUCGCUCUACGGCUUCAGUGCUGAUAACUUAUAUCAAAAAUCAUUUUCCCGUGAGAAGAAUGAAACAGAUGAUGAUUAGCAGCUUUUUACGAUACCACUAACAUGGAUCAUGCUAUACCAUAGGCACAGUGGCACCUAUCAAACGGUUCCACCCUACAUGUUUGAUGAAUUGUGCAAGUGAAUUGGAUCUGCUUUACAUGGAUUCAAUUUAGAAUGUUUGUGCGAAUCCUCCUCCCUUAAAUUAAAGGGUGAUUUUAUGCCGAAGCACUUGACCAUAGUCACUCAUUAGUCAUCAGGUCAGGUGAGUGAGAAAGAUAUGCACUAGAAAUAAUCUCAUUUAUCUUGCCAUGGAGUAUGAGAGAAUUCACAAACUUCAGGUCUACAGUGACACAGCUGAAGUCACAUUCUGUCUACGAUGUUACCAGCCAACUGAUGAAAGGCUUGACAGUUUUUUGUCGUUUCUCAAGGACAAAGGACUGAAACUCGAUGAAGUUGAAAUUGUGCUAAAACUGCAAUGAAUUUGGAACUUUAGACAAAAUUCCAGAGUUCAUUGAGGGUGUGAAAAACAGGAAACAAAAAAUGUAAAAUGUCUGGUUUUAGUCACCGUAUGUACAAAAAAUAUGAUCCAGGAGCAAAACUGAUAAAAAAGUUGGCGGAGGAAGUUUUUUCAAUUGUUGGCCGGGUUCCUCUCAUUGAGGUGGCUCUAGCUUUGGAGAAAGCGGCACUAUCAGAUGAGUAUUUUGUCAAGUGGAAAUUGUAUCCAAAUGUUGAUCUCUACUCGGGCUGUAUAGAGUUCUUUCCUGUUUUGUUUGCAAUUCCUCGAAUGGCUGGUUACUUAUCACAUUGGAAAGAAUCCUUAAAUGAUCCUUGCACAACGAUAAUGAGACAUGCUCAGGUUUACACUGGUGUGUGGCUUCGUCCAUACAUUCCACAGCGUGAAAGAAUGGUAGCAACUGAGACGGAUAAACUUAGUCAGAUUUCUGUAUCGAAUGCAACCAGGCGACGCCUAGCGGCACCAGAGAUGUAUCUACCUACUAUCCUAUCUAUGAAGAUGGUUUUUAGGUGUUCUAUGUAUUUCAGAAGUGUGUGCCACUUAUGUUGUAUCAUUUUUCGGCGGUGGUUUGAGCGCAAGGGAUAUAAUCACUUAAUCAAGUCAUGGAGGCAAUUGUAAUCUGUAUGAUUUGUUGAGCUUGUCAUAUAUUCGGCACUUUCAUUCAACCAACCACUAUAAUAACAUUUGUCAUCUUAGCAGGUUCAAUCCGUCAUAUUCAUUACAAUCAAGUUUUGUGUUGUAUUUUAGAAAAUGAUCAAACUGUUAUAAAAUUGUAAGAAAUAUUAGGUACAUGUGUAAUUUAUAUAUCUACAUCGCAUUCCUCAUAAAUCCUAGAAAUUCUUUUUUGAAGUACAUGUUUAUUUUUUAUUUAUUAUUUUAGAUCUAUUCUAGCCAGUGACAUAGAUACUUUCAGAAUGCCACUGAAUGACCUCUUCUGCUUCAUAGUAGAAGACCUUUCCAAAAAUUACAUUAAUCAUGGAUGUGUAUCCUUAGAUAUUACAAAAUUUCUAAUCUUAGCACUCCAACAUGGUUAAUAUAUUUUCUCACCCGAUAUACAAAUUUAUAAUAUGUCAAUUUAGAACUUGCCCGUGCCUCGCACGGGCUAUAAACUUGUGUACAACAAGAACUAUUUAACUAUUAUAUUACUGGCCACUGAUUUUUUAAAAAAAAUUAUAAUGUGCAUCAGCACUUUAGUUGAACAUGAUUUGAACAUUUUUGCAGGGUGAGCUAUCUUGCUAUUAUACUAAUCAAAAGUCCCUCUAUCAUUCUAAAGCCGGCGACAACAACUCAAAAAAUUUAACCGCUCGCCUGCAGAGGCCUAGACCUAAGCCUUGACGGUCGCUGGAUCCUAUGCCUGAUCACAUUUAGAGGAUGAUGAAGUUUGUUAUUUGAACAGGUUGCCUUUGGAUAAAAACAGUGCUCGCUAUUGGACCUGAAUAUAGCAUGGGGAGUGCGGUAACUACUGAAGGAGAUGUAUAUAGCUUCGAAAUUCUCUUGUUAGAAAUGUUGACAAGUAAAUGACCGACUGAUGAACUAUUUAGAGAUGGAAUGAAUCUGCACAGUUUUCUGAAUAAGGCAUUGGGAGAUCAAGUUAUGGAGAUCGUGGAUGAAUCAGCCUGGUAUAGAGAGGAAAGUGUUUCCAAGGAAAAGGAUGAUAUUGGCAGUAAAUGGACACAUGAACAGACCGAAAGCUUGACUUCAAUCUUUUGAAUUGGGAUUACAUGUUCAGAGGAAGCCCCUGCACAGAGAAUGAAUAUGAAACAAGUUGCAGUACAUCUGAAAUCCUUAAAAAGUGUUAUAAACUUCAGUUUUGAAUGUACUGAAGUUCAUAUGCUAAAGGUUGUAAUUUCUUCCUGGGUAGAUGGUAUAGCCACAUUGAUUGCCACUUGGUGAUCAAUUUGGCUACCGCAACGUGUGACUUACCAUACCGUCCAAACUAUGCUGCAUCUUUAAAUAGAUAGAAUCAGGUUAUAUAAUUUUUUACAAUUCAAAGAAUGACAAGUAUGAUUUUUUAUUAUUUACCACCAUAUUAUAUAAAAACAAUGUCUAGAUAAAAAUAUAAUAGAAACAUA